GCCAUUUUUGUCGUCAGUUGAUUGUCGAUUGUCGAUAUUUCUCGUGCUUGACCACGUGUAUGCACAAGUGGUGCAAACGUGAAUUCUUCUCAUAGAAAAAUAUACUUUUAGGAGAAAACUCGAUUCGUACAGUUAUUAAUUUGCUUCAAUUGAUAAUUUCGUUACAAAAAAAAUGGCAGAUGAUCGUUUAGAUAUAAUAAUAUUUGGUGCCACUGGAUAUACUGGAAAAUAUGUAGUGAAAAAUGCAUCUCAAAUGUGUAAGGAUCGGAAAAUGAAGUUUGGUAUUGCUGGUCGUAGGAAAGAAGCUUUAGAUGUAGUUGUUAAGGAAUUUGUCUCAGAUAUUGAGGACGUGCCUAUUAUUCUGGCUGACAUAAAAGAUGAGGAAUCUCUCAAGAAAAUGACAGAACGAGCAAAGGUACUUAUCAAUUGUUGCGGUCCAUACAAAUUUUAUGGAGAACCAGUUAUCAAAACAUGCAUUGCUACUCGUACUCAUUAUGUUGACGUCACUGGUGAAGAACAGUUUAUGAUUGAAAUGCAAUUAAAAUAUAACGAAACAGCAAAAGAAGCUGGCGUUUACAUAGUAAAUGCUUGUGGUUUUGACUGUAUUCCUAGUGAUUUGGGAGUCAUUUUUACGCAACAGAAAUUUGAAGGAGAAAUGAAUGCUAUUGAAAUAUACAUAAGCAUGUGGUUAAGCACUGAUAAGAAAGGUCCGUUACUUAAUUAUGCAACUUGGGAAUCUGCAGUACACAGUUUGGCUCAUGUAAAAGAAAUACAGGCAUUACGCACAAAAUUAUAUCCUAUUAAGUUGCCUGAAUUCACACCGAAACUAAAAUUAAGAAGUGUGUUGCACCGAAGCGAUGUUUCUGAAGGAUGGUCCACACCAUUUCCGAGUGCCGAUCAUUCAGUAGCUCUUCGCACACAGCGGUUUUUAUAUGACAAGUAUAAAAAGAGGCCUGCGCAAGUUAAAGUUUAUGUUACAUUGAAGUCUUUCUUCGAAUUCCUGAUUAUGGCUAUUGCUGGUAUGCUUUUGUUAGUUUUGUCUCGCAUAUCAUGCGGCCGUAAUUUACUUCUAAAAUAUCCGGCUCUAUUUUCAUACGGUUUCGUAAGUCACGAGAAUCCAAAUCCGGAAAUGCAGAAAUCGACACAUUUUUCUCUUACGUUCAAAGCUAGUGGAUGGACUGAAAAAUUGUCUGAACCUACCGAUGAACACACAGAUCCACCUAAUAAGAAAGUAAUCACCAAAGUCUCUGGUGAUUCUCCUGCAUAUGAGAUGACUAGCAUAGCAGCGAUCUUAUCGGCAACAACAAUCCUUAAUGAAACUGAUAAAAUACCUGACAAUGGAGGAGUAUUUACGCCCGGUGCUGCGUUCGGUAAAACAUCUCUGAUCGAACAAUUGAUAAAACAUAAUAUUAAAUUCGAGGUGAUAUCGUCUAUCGAGAAAUAGAGAUAAGAAAAUUCUAUAUAAUUUAGAUCAAGAGGUAUCACUGUAGUGAUUUUGUUAUCCAUAGCAACAAGUAUGGGAAGUGAACCUUUUAUUUCGUGUAAAACAUAAAAAUAAUACAUAUAUAUUUAAGCCCUGUCGCGGAAGCUUUCCAAAAUGUUGUUUCCAAAAACUUUAAUUUUUUUAUUGAAAGCGUCAAGAUUGAAUGUUAUUGCAAUCGAUAAUUAAUACUCUUAUUCUAAGACUAGAUUCUCAUAUAUACCUCUCAGAAGAGUGUAAAGGAUCGCCAUCAAAGUGAUAAAUUUUUUCUGAAAAAAAUAAAUCAAUAGUGAUAGGAAUUUUUGUCUAUUACUUAAUUUUGAUAUCAAUUGUCGAGAAAUAUGAUUCUCAUACCUUUUGGAUGGUCAGACAGUUAACCCGAAUACAUACAAUUUUUUUAUUCCAUGUAAAAUUGUUCAUAUUUGGAUAGGUAUGGCUGCUUUCGUGACAAUCGAAAAGAUCCAUUGAUAUCAAAAUUAAGUAAUAGACAAAAACUUUUUUACCUAUCGCUAUCGAUUUUUUUUUCAGAAAAAAUUUAUCACUUUAACUCAGUAUGGUGAUCCCUUGCACCCUUCUGAGGGAUAUGGGAGUCCGCCUAUUUUGAAAUAAGGGUAUUAAUUAUUGAUUGCAACAACAUUUAAUUUUGACGCUUUCAAUAAAAAAAAUCAAAAUCUGCAACAUUUAGCCCACCUUCCCUUCAAGCGACUGCGAUCUAGCUUAUAUGCAUGCGUGUAUAUAUAUAUAUAUACAUAUAUAUAUAUAUAUUAGGUUGU